UUUUGGCGGAACUCUGUCUAGUUCCAACGGAAGUCUACUUCUUGUAUACAAAACAAACAAAAUUUUAGAGUUUAGAAAGGCUACAGAACAGAAAGAGAGAGACUAAUUCCAAAAAAAGAAGAUCCGGCGUUGGCCGGCAUGAACGCUUUCUGAUAUACGCCAGACAAGAACAAAAAGAGACAAAUUAAGGGGGUAGAGAGAGAGAGAUGAUCGGAGCGUCGGCGAUAUCAGUGGCGGUGGUUGCAAUUAUAGGAGUGAUAGCAGUGAUAAGAUGGGGUUGGAAGAUGACGAAGUGGCUAUGGGUGAAUCCGAAGAAGCUGGAGAGGCGUCUGAAAGAACAAGGGCUUGAGGCUGAUCCUUAUCGAUUCUGGGUUGGCGACUUGAUCAGAAUGGUGAAGAUGCAGCAACAAGCCAAGUCCUCUGCCUUGCCCACCCAUUCCCAUGACUUGGCCCCUCAUGUCUUCUCCUUUGCCCACCACAUUGUCAAUCAACACGGUAAGAACUCAUUCAUGUGGCUCGGACCUACACCGAGGUUGAUCCUUAUGGAUCCAGAGCAGAUAAAAGAUGUGUUCAACAGAAAUUACGACUUCAUAAAGCCUCACACGAUCCCUAUUAUCAAAUAUUUAUCCACUGGUCUUGCAAGCUAUGAUGCUGAUAAGUGGACUAGACACAGAAAGAUUAUCAAUCCAGCAUUCAAUUUGGAAAAAUUGAAGACUCUGAUUCCAAUCGCUUGCCAAAGUUGCAAUGACAUGAUCAACAAAUGGGAGAACAUGUUGUCCCCAACAGAUGGAACAUGUGAAGUGGAUGUAUGCCCUUGGCUUAAGAAUUUGACAAAAGAAGUGAUUUCUCGAGCAGCAUUUGGAAGUAGCUACGAAGAAGGCAGACAAAUAUUCGAUCUUCUAACAGAACAAGCUGAACUUGUCAUGAAUAAUGUAGUGAAACAUCACAUUCCAUUAUGGAGGUUUGUACCAACUCAGGAGAACAAGAGGAUGAAGGAAAUUGAUAGAAACGUGGAAGCUACACUAGAGUUCAUUAUCAACAAGAAGGAGCAAGCCAUGAAGGCAGGUGAAACCACAAAGGAUGAUCUACUAGGCAUACUUUUAGAAUCAAAUCACAAGGAGAUUGAGAAACAAGGGAACAAGAAGAACGUGGGGUUGAGCAUGAAAGAUGUGAUUGAGGAAUGCAAGUUGUUCUACAUAGCAGGCCAAGAAACCACUUCUGCUUUAUUGGUUUGGACUAUGAUGCUAUUGAGCAAGUAUCCUGAUUGGCAAGAACGUGCAAGGGAAGAAGUCCUACGAGUCUUUGGCAACCAACAACCAGACUUUGAAGCACUAAGUCGCCUUAAGAUUGUGACAAUGAUCCUGUACGAGGUUUUGAGGUUAUACCCACCAAUAGUAUGGCUAGAGCGGUAUGCUGAAAAGGACAUAAAACUUGGGAAACUGUUAGUUCCUGGAGGAGUACAGAUUUGCAUACCAAUACUUAUGAUGCACCAUGACCAACAGUUGUGGGGAGAUGAUGCCAAAGAGUUCAAACCAAACAGAUUUUCUGAAGGAUUCUCAAAGGCAUCAAAAGGCACUUCUGUUGCAUUCUUCCCAUUCGGAGGAGGUCCACGAAUCUGCAUUGGACAGAACUUUGCCCUGCUGGAAGCUAAAAUGGCUCUGUCUUUGAUUCUGCAACGUUUCUCUUUCGAGCUUUCCCCCACAUAUUCUCAUUCUCUCACCACCGUCAUCACUCUUCAGCCUCAACACGGAGUUCAAAUCAUUCUGCAUAAAUUGUAAUGAUUUUUCUUUUUUUUCUUUUUUUUAUAUUCAGGUACUGAUUUCUCGUGGACCAAAUGACUUCACUGUCAUUAUCGGGUUUGUGUAUUAGUUCAGUACAAUCCAUAUCUCCUAUACUUGAAGAGAGAGAAAGUAUAUGGGCACCUCAUCUAAGCAUUGAAA